AUGACGGAAACAAGCAACACUGAACCUGAAGAGGAUUCGGAUAGUCGACAUGCGGAUUUUCCUCGUGUACAAUCCCAUACCACCCUAGACUCGCAUCGGACUUUGUGGAUGGGCGAUCUUCAACCGCAGUGGGAUGCUCAGUUCAUCACCAGUGCCUUCAAAGAGCUCGGUCACACCCCAUCUACGGUUAAGAUGGUAGCUGACCGGCAGACGGGAGCGGUAAGUGCAGACAUUAGCCAAAUUGAUUUUGACGAGACUUUUUAAAA